AUGUUACUUGUGUUUCUUGUGUACGGUAUUAACUGUGAUAUACCCCAUCCAAGCGAUCUACCAACAGUGUUAUAUUCUCAAAAAGGCGAUUUGAAUAUUGGAAUCAUUGUACCAAUGCAUUACUCUUCUUCUACCUCCAUGUGCAGUCCGAACAUCCGUGGUUUAACCAACUUCCAGAAAGCGGAAGCCAUGGCAUUCGCAGUAAAGGAGAUCAACGACCGUAAUGAUAUUCUACCAAAUACAACCCUUGGAUUCUAUAUGCUAGAUGAUUGUGCCAAAGACACAACUGCAAUGGCAAGAGCACUCCACUUUACCCAAACUAACAGCGGGAGACAUGAUGAAGACCAUCUUCAAGCUUACAAUGUAGUGGGAGUUAUUGGUGCUGAAAGUAGUAGAAAUUCCGUUCAAAUAGCGGAUUUGUUGUCACUCUUUCAAAUUCCUGUCAUCAGCUAUAUUUCAACAAGUCCUGCAUUGAGUGACAAGGAUACAUAUCCAUAUUUCUCCAGAAUUGUACCAUCCGAUUCACUUCAAAUGUCCGUUCUAAUGGACAUCAUUAUAAAAUUCGACUGGAAUUACGUUUCAGUAGUAUAUGAAGACGGUAGCUAUGGGUAUGGAGCUUACAAGGUGUUUGAUACACUCAUGGACCAGAACAAAAAGUGCAUCGCCGUAGCAAAAGUAUUCAAGAAAAGGGUUCCAGAUGAAGAUGUUGAUGAGAUCAUUAAUGGACUGAUAUCCAAAUCUAGAGCUCGGAUUGUUAUCCUUAUAGUCACUACCCCCGAUGUUAAAAGAAUCUUUCAGUCCGUAACGAGGUUAAACCGUGAGGGCUAUUUCACUUGGCUCGGUACAGAUGGAUGGAGUUUCAAGAGCUUAACUGGUUACGAAAAGUACAUGCAAGGUUCAUUACUGGUUGGAUUUUACGGCACGUAUGUUGAGCGAUUUGAUCAGUACAUGAAGUACCUUACUCCCAAGAAUUCGACUCAUAAUCCAUGGUUCAAAGAAUUCUUUGAAAAGAGACUAGGUUGUACAUAUGGUGAAAAUUCAAGCUGUAAUUUUGACGAAAAUCUACUGGAAGGCUAUCUUCCGAGUGUCUUAAGUGGUUUCGCAAUGGAUGCCGUGUACGCUUUUGCUCGAGGACUGCACAACAUGAUACAAAACUGUCGACAAACCGAGAAGAGGAAAUGUGUCACAGGACAUCAUUUGCUACAGUAUGUUAGAGACUUAUCUUUCGAAGGCGAACACGGUUUGGUAUCAUUUGACAAAAAUGGCGACGGUAGUGUAACGUAUUCAGUCAAAACAUUGCGGAAAGAAAAUGCAGGCUACUCUCAGGAAACGAUUGGAUUGUGGGAUACGUUUUCAAGAUCUUUCAUUAAAUUAGAAGCAAGUAGAAUUACUUGGAAGUCAGAAAAUAAUGAGUACGGAACACUCCCACCUAUCUCGGAAUGUAGUGAGUUCUGCAAACCGGGUUUCCAAGCGGUUAAAACCAAACCCCAGUGUUGUUGGUACUGUAAACCAUGUCGAGUAAACGAACGCUCUCUAGAGAUGAACAAGUCUAUGACAUGUGUUGUGUGUCCCAAGUUUUAUUGGCCAGAUGAUACCAAGACUAGCUGUAAAGUCAUCCCAGUAACUGAUCUAUCCUACAGCCAGAUUCUGGGAACAGUUUUGACGCUUAUUGUCACCAUUUUAUGUAUCGUUAUCAUUGCCUUACUAUCCCUGUCUGUGAAGAAUAGAAAAACUAUAGUACAUCAAAACAGAAUUUUAACAUAUUUCAUUAUAAUAGCAAACCUGGUAUCGUGUGGAAGUAUAAUUGCCUUUGUUGUUCCACCAUCUUUGUUUUCUUGCUCUUUGAUUCAAUUUGCUUUCCCAAUGAACUUUGCCAUUAACUAUUGUCCAUUCCUGGUGAAGACCUAUGGUAUCUUUGAAAUGAUUAAGAACAACAAUGGUCAGAGUGGACCAGAAUCUGGUAGAGUUGUACCAAUGUUUGUUUUGCUGUUAUUGGUUCAGGUAACUAUGUUUAUUACGUUAACUAGAACGCAUAACAUUUUUACAAAGUCAAAUUUGCGUCAACGCUAUAAAUAUGUUGAGUCAGCCUGUAAAUUAGAUGAAGUCGGAUUCAUGGCGUCUUUGUCUUAUAACUUAAUCCUUUUGUUUAUCUGUAUCUAUUUUACUGUACGAUCUAAGAAUGUCGAUGCAAGCUUAGUUCGAGAUAGCAAGUUCAAUAAUAUUCUGGUUUAUCUAAGCACCGUGUUUUGGCUGGGUUUCGUUGUUUCUUAUUUCACCACAACAAAAUUGGUAAUCCAAUCUAUCAUAUUAUGUAUCAUGAUGCUUGCUAAUUCGGCUAUGUUCGUUGGAUUGUUGUUUAUUCCUAGAAUACUGGAAAGAUAUUUUCCACAUGAAGGUUAA